ACGGUUAGUGUUUGUACGAUUAACGAUUAUAUUGCGUUGUGUUUUUCUUCUGGAAAAUAAAAUAAUAGCAGAAAAGAAAAGUGAAGAAUAAUAAUAAAAAAGUGAAAGCCCUAAUUUAACAGUGCGUUACGCUGUCGUAAGCAACUAAAUAAGUAAGUAACAAGUAGAAAUUCAACAUCACAGACGCCAGCUGAGUAACUCUUGCAUCAAACUGAAUAUAAACGGGCAUAGUGAGUCGGAGUUGCGCCGCCACCCACACAGACAGCAACAGUCCUUUGUGCACAUGGGUGGGAACAGCGCAGCUGUCAACGCAAGCGCUUUUAGCGCGGGCGGCUACAUUGGGCCUACCACAAGCUUGGGUGCUGCGGGCGGCAGUGAUUUGAUACCGGCUCCAAUGGGAACUGGAUAUGCGUUGGGGAAUAACACAUCCUACACAAAUGACGGCACAAGCUUGGAGGAGUUUUGCGAUCGUCACGCGCGUGUUGCAGCUAGCGACUUUGCAAAAGCAUGUAUUAACUACAUCAAUAGCAAUUUGCCGCCGGAUGUGGCCCGUGGAAUAUCACACCGCAAUUUUUCUAUCAAGUUUGUGGAAUAUUUCACGGUGCACUACGCUACUGAGUUCUCCAAGCGACCCAACAACCUAAAAACAGAAAUCGACUCCCCAUUUGAUAACAGCGGCGGCGGUGGCGGCAGUUUCGACACGGAGGAGCACGAGAAGUCACGCCAGUUUCCCAAAUCGCUGCUGCGUCGCUUCUCUUUCAAGGGUCUGCGAAAGGGCAAGAAACUUUUAUUUUUGCAGGCUUUCUUUCACAAGAAUUCAGACGAUGUAGACGGCCUUGGCAGCAGCAAGCAGAGCAACAAAACAAAAUUGGCUAAAAUAGUUGUGGAGUGUCGUAAAGAGGGAAUCGUUAACAAUUUGACAGCCGAGAGCUUAGACCAGACGACGGGCACACAAAAGUGGGAGAGAUGUCGACUGGCACUCGUCAAAGCCGUGGGCGGUUAUAUGCUUGAAUUCUAUACUCCGCCCAGAUCCACAAAGCCUCAAAGUGGUGUUUUUUGUUUUCUGAUUUCGGAGGCACGUGAAACUACCACGCUGGAGAUGCCGGAUCGAUUGAACACAUUUGUGCUGAAAGCCGACAACAACAUGGAAUACGUAAUCGAAGCAGAGAGCGCCGAGGACAUGCGCAGCUGGUUGGCCACAAUACGCUAUUGCAUGCGAACGCCGCCAACGCAGCAACCUAUACUGGAUUCAGAAGUCAUUGCGGCAGCUAUGCAAACAUCGCCGGUGACCACAAACCCAAAUCCAACAACAAGCGCUGCUAGUGGUGCCUUGGGAGGCAUACAAAAUCCUCAAUAUCAGCAGCAAGGAGGUCCUCUGCUGGGUGGCUCCAAUGGCAAUUUGGUAAAUUCGCAAUCAGCUGAUAGCGCUUUGGCCGUUGCGUCCGUCGGGAACAGUAACGCAAAUGCGGCUUCCGCCAAUGAUUUGAAUGCCAUUUCCCAGACCAGCAAUGAGCUGAGCAGCACGCCGCCUGAAAUACCCUCGCGGCCGACACGUGGUGACCGGGGUGAACAACGUUUGUCUGCCUCCAGCAAUUUCGAUGGCAACGAACUGGUCGAAACAGAAAACGAUAUAAAUGUGGCGGACUUAACGGCGGAAAUGCGACUGUUUCCAUGGUUCCACGGCACGUUGCCACGCGCCGAAGCAGCUCGCAUGGUGCUACAGUCGGAGGCAGCGGGUCAUGGCUUCUUUUUGGUACGCCAAAGCGAAACGCGACGCGGCGAAUUCGUGCUGACAUUCAAUUUUCAAGGACGUGCCAAGCAUCUGCGGCUGACAAUCUCCGAAAAGGGACAGUGCCGAGUUCAGCAUCUGUGGUUCCCCACCAUUCAAGAGAUGCUGGAACACUUCCGGCACAAUCCCAUACCACUCGAGUCGGGCGGCACAUCGGAUGUGACGCUCACCGAUUGGGUGCACCACACGAGCCGGCUAAAUGAUAACGCUCCCAUAACAACAAUGCCAGCGACUGCGCAUGACCCGGGCACCGAUGCGAACACUGGAGCGAGCAACGUUGCCAGCAGCUCUGGCAAUAGCAAUGGACACCCAUCGCCGAGACAUUGCAACGAAGUGAUCACCAUGAAUCUAAGUGUUCGCCUAAAGACAAACGAAAUCGAACUGCCACAGGAGCCAACACACGUCUUUUUUCCGGAGCAAGUCUACUUCCAUUUGGAUCCCACAUCGCUGACCGCGCACAAUUCGCCGCCAGUUGGUCAAGGAUUCCUCGAUCAGCCGCAUCUGCGUGCAUCCAAUGCUUCACUGCAGGCACCGCAUCAGGGCGUUGGUGCAACGCGACAUGCGGGUGAUGCAGUCGCCAGUGGUAGCAGUGGUGCUGUGCCUGGCAGCGGCAGCAGCAGCGGUGCAACAUCAGGAGCCGAAUGCACCGGACGCGCUAUUGAUAAUCAGUACAGCUACACUUAAGCGAUUGUCGCCAGUGGAUGAAAUUUGAGCUUUUUGCGGGGAAUUUAUUUUUGUGCCAUUGCGUAG